AGCCUUCAUAUUACUCUGACCACCUCCUCCUUCUCCUUCUUCUCUCUUGUCGCCACCGUCCAUUCUCUUCCUGUCUUAGCAUAUCCACACUCCCGUAACCCACCUCUGCUUCCAAGCUUUUGAAGCUGGUUCUCGUCUCGCUUGGCAAAGAGAAGGAAGAAGCAGGAGAGAGAGAGAGAGAGAGAGAGAGAGAGAGAGAGAGAGAUGGGGAAUUGCCAGGCCAUUGAUGCGGCGACACUGGUGAUCCAGCACCCAUGUGGGAAGGCAGAGAAGUUGUACUGGCCCGUUUGCGCCGGCGAGAUCAUGAAGAUGAACCCCGGCCACUACGUGGCUCUCCUAAUCUCCACCGCCGUGUGUCCGCCGCCGCAACCACCUCAUAAGAACGCUGCUCUUGCCAAAGAGAAAUGCUCUGCCGCCGCCGCCCCCGCAGCUGCGGCCGAUAACAAUUCUGUCCGCGUGACCCGCAUUAAGCUUCUCCGGCCAACGGAUACUCUUGCUCUUGGCCAAGUUUAUAGGCUCAUCACUGCCAAAGAGGUUAUGAAGGUUUUAUCGGCUAAGAAGCAUGCAAAGAUGAGGAAGGGCCAGCAUGACAUCAAGGUGGAGCAUGAGGAGAAGCUGUCUUCAUCUGGGUUGGAGAUAAUAGCACCGAGGAGAUCUGAUUCAUCUGACCCAAGGAAAGAAAACCAGGUGGCGAGACAUGAAAGACACAGGCAGAAGACAAGUACGGCCUCAAGUAAUUCAGCUGUUAACAGGCCAAGAACGUGGCAACCCAAGUUACAGAGCAUCUCUGAGGCAGCAAGCUGAAGUUUUUCUUCUGGAUGUUUGACAGAUAUGAUUGAUGAGUCUUGUGGGUUCUGAUAACUCUGCUAUAUGCACUCAAUGAGUCUUUCUUCGUAUAGUGGAAGUUCAAAUGUUCCCCGAAGAGAGAGAAUUCAUCUUGGAAGUGUUGAUAUUGGCCAAAUCUUUUGCUUGUAUAGAGGGGAAAAAGAUGAAGCAAUCCCAUGUAAUCAAUUUGCUGCUCUUAUUAAUGAAAUUUGGGCAGGAUUACAAUUGAA